CUUACAGCAGGUAAUCCAACAUUCACUUCUGGUAAUACUGUAAUAUGGGAGAACGAGAGAUAACGUCAGCUUUAGACAUGUUGUCCUGUGUUGUCCUGUUGUUGAUGGUUCCUCUGCUGAUGGUUGAACAUGCAUCAUGUGCACCUACAACUAACUCAACUUCACCACCUCAACUUCACCAACUCAACUUCACCAACUCAACUUCACCAACUCAACUUGCCGUGCAGGCGGUACACGAGGGCAGACAUGCAGUCGGGGUUGGGCCCAGUUUCCAGUCUCUCAGAACAGACUUCAACAGCUUGGAGAGGCUGAGGAACAGAACACGAUAUGUUGCCAGGAGCUGUAAAGAAACAAGGGACAGAUAUAACCAACAUGAAGAUGGUCUGUACUACCUGACUACGGCCAGCGGGGUGGUGUACCAGACCUUUUGUGACAUGACCACAGCGGGUGGCGGCUGGACUCUGGUGGCGAGCGUGCACGAGAACAACAUGUAUGGGAAGUGCACGGUGGGUGACCGCUGGUCCAGUGAGCAGGGUAAUAACCCCAACCGGCCAGACGGAGAGGGGAACUGGGCCAACAGGGUCACCUUUGGAACAGCAGAGGGCGCCACCUCUGAUGACUUCAAGAACCCUGGGUAUUAUGACAUCGUGGCGGAGGACAUGUCUGUGUGGCACGUUCCCAACAACUCUCCUAUGGAACACUGGAACCUGGCAUCCAUCCUGCGUUACCACACAGAGAGACGCUUCCUCACCCUGCACGGAGGCAACCUGCACCAACUCUUCAAGGUAUCAAACACACACACAGAGAUGCUUCCUCACCCUGCACGGAGGCAACCUGCACCAACUCUUCAAGGUAUCAAACACACACACAGAGAGAUGCUUCCUCACCCUGCACGGAGGCAACCUGCACCAACUCUUCAAGGUAUCAAACACACACAAGAGAUGCUUCCUCACCCUGCACGGAGGCAACCUGCACCAACUCUUCAAGGUAUCAAACACACACACAGAGAGAUGCUUCCUCACCCUGCACGGAGGCAACCUGCACCAACUCUUCAAGGUAUCAAACACACACACAGAGAUGCUUCCUCACCCUGCACGGAGGCAACCUGCACCAACUCUUCAAGGUAUCAAACACACACACAGAGAGAUGCUUCCUCACCCUGCACGGAGGCAACCUGCACCAACUCUUCAAGGUAUCAAACACACACACAGAGAGAUGCUUCCUCACCCUGCACGGAGGCAACCUGCACCAACUCUUCAAGGUAUCAAACACACACACAGAGAGAUGCUUCCUCACCCUGCACGGAGGCAACCUGCACCAACUCUUCAAGGUAUCAAACACACACACAGAGAGACGCUUCCUCACCCUGCACGGAGGCAACCUGCACCAACUCUUCAAGGUAUCAAACACACACACAGAGAGAUGCUUCCUCACCCUGCACGGAGGCAACCUGCACCAACUCUUCAAGGUAUCAA